AUGGCGUGCAGAAUUGUAUCCUCAGCCGUCGUGUUGCCCGACGCGACCCCUUCGUCACCACGCCGCUCGCCUGCCCGGUCGCAAACUCCAGAAGAAGCACGCGCCGGAACAAAACGUCGUCAAUCGUCUGCCAAUCAUGAUUCUCCCAAGCGACAGCGCCUGUCGCCCUCGCCCGAUAGAUCCAGAAAAGAGGAUCAAGCCCCACACGCUCGCGAAAGACGCCCCGUCAAACCAAUCGAUGAGAAGAAGCGCUCUCAGAGGCUGUUUGGAGAUUUACUAGGAGGACUGGGCCAGACGAGACCUGCCAACUCGCAAGCAGCCAAGCGACGCGCUGAACAAGAAGAACGUCGCCGUCAGAAAGAGCAAGAGCUCAGUGAGCGACAAACCGAACGACUCGAGCUUCUCAAUCUUGCCAGAGGAAAAGAACAACGGAGGAUCGAUGAAGCCAGCAUGCGCAUCAAGCAUGAGAACUUAAAGGCCAUGUCCCAUUUCUUGACUACUUCGACCGAGCCCAAACUAUAUUUCAAACCGUGGGAACUGCUACCAGAACAAGAGGAUCAGAUCAAUCGCCAACGAGAAGACGUCGACGUCCAGAUAGACCAGGAGCUUGACGACUUUGACCAGGUCCGCCAACGCUGGCAGAACGAGGACACGAACGAAGAUGCCGAUCACCAAGAAAGCACCUCUACACAUGUUCAGAACGCACCCAAUGGCACGAACCACACAGCGGAGCCAGCGAAAGAGUUAAUAACAACUCAAGAUCAAGUCGCAAUUGCAGAUCCGGAGACGGAACCGGAGCCUGUGGGCGCACCCGCAACCAAGUCAAUUGUAGAGAAGGAAGCUCGAGAACAAGCGGCAGAUGAUGCUGAUCGACAUAGGAAAGAAAGUAUAGAUGACACGGGCGAUAUCGUAGUCGAGGCCGAUGAGGACACCGUCAUCUACUAA